AUGGCUUGGCUGCCGUGGGCAGUGUGGAUGACGGCUUUCGUUCUGAUGCUGCUGGUGGCUAUCGGCGGCAACAUCAUCGUCUGCUGGAUCAUCCUCGCACAUCGCCAGAUGCGGACUGUGGCGAACUACUUCCUGGUGAACUUGAGCGUCGCCAACCUCUUGAUGUCCUGCCUCAACUGCUCCUUCAACUUCGUGUACAUGCUGAACGCCAACUGGCCGUUCGGCGCCAGUUACUGCGUGCUGAACAACUUCAUGGCCAACUUGACGGUGGCCGCCAGCGUUCUCACCUUGAUGGCCAUCGCCCUGGAGAGGUAUCUGGUCAUCCUGCACCCGCUGCGACGGCGGCUCAGUAAGCGUGGAGCCAUCGUGGGCAUUGUCGGUAUCUGGACCGGCAGCACUCUGCUUUCUCUGCCCUGCAUCCUCUACUCGCAGGUCAUCUCGCACACGUACAGCGGCGGGAACGUGAGGCACGGCUGCGUUCUCGUGUGGGAUGAUGGACCACCCAUGAUCUCCUUCACAGACUACGUGUACAACAUGGUAUUUCUCACCACCACCUACGUGUUUCCAAUGCUAGCUAUGGCGGUAUCAUACUGCAUCAUCGGUCGAGAGCUUUGGGGCAGCCGCAGCAUCGGCAUACAGACCGAUCGUCAGCUGGCUUCUGUGAGAUCAAAACGGAAGAUUGUGAGAAUGUUCAUCAUCGUGGUCACCACGUUCGCGGUGUGUUGGCUGCCCUACCAAGCAUAUUUCGUGUACGUGUACCAUGACUCCUCCCUUGCGCGGGCUGACUUCGUGCAGCACCUGUUCCUCGCGUUCUACUGGCUAGCCAUGUCAUACGCCAUGGUUAAUCCUCUCAUCUACUUCUGGAUGAACAAGAGGUUCCGGGCCUAUCUUCGCCAGCUGUUCCGCUGCUGUGCCAGCAAAAGGAGUCUCGAGUGCUUCGUCACAGAGCCGCGGCAGUAUAUGACUAAUGGAUUCCGAAGUCGCCAGUCACGACGCUCGCACGUGGCCUCCGAGCGCACGCGGCUCGAACGCACCUCUUCGACCAUGAUCGGCUCGGCAGCGUCGCCCAUCUUGCAGCAGCCGCCUCCGGAGCUGCGCGCCGUCGCCGGCCGGCGCGAGUCGGACGUCAGCGGCUCGUACGCCACGCCCGAGUCGAGCCCCGAUCCAUGCCGACCGGCGGCGCAGGUCCGCCUCCUGCUGAGGCCCCCGCCGCCGGCGGCGGCGGCGGUGGGAGGCGGUGAGGGGGCUCGUGGUGGGCACGGCGGGGGUGGCGACGUUGGGAGGGACGAGCUGAGUAAGGCCGGAAAUGUCAGCGGGGAGGAGGAGCCCAUGGUCCCGGCGGAGGCGAAGGAAUUGGACGACACGUCGGCCGACUCCCACAGCAGCUGGGCGGAAUCCACAGCUGAGGUCGCGACAAACGGGCUUGCUCACUGCGCUUCUGACUCGUUCAGCAAUCUCAGCGAGGCUUUCUUCGACGCCCGGCCGUGA